GGCGGAGGGGGCCGUUUGCCAGCUCCGAGGCAGAAAGUGCCACGACUCCACACGCGCGCACGCAGCCAGCGAGCGGCCGGAGCGGACGGCGGACGGGGCGGGUGGCGUCGGGGUCGCGGCGCCUGCAGUUGCUUGGGGGCAGCUUCUCGGCGGAGGCUCGGCCGGCUCCUCUCUCCCGGUUCCGCGGCGGCGGCGGCUCCUGCCCUCUCGCUCUCCCUCCCGCGUCUCCGGCUGCAGGUGAAAGGAAAGCAAACCAGGAUGGAUAUUUACGACACCCAGACCUUGGGGGUUGUGGUCUUUGGUGGAUUCAUGGUUGUUUCCGCCAUCGGCAUCUUCCUGGUGUCGACGUUCUCCAUGAAGGAGACGUCGUAUGAAGAAGCUCUAGCCAACCAGCGCAAGGAGAUGGCGAAGACUCACCACCAGAAAGUGGAGAAGAAAAAGAAGGAGAAAACAGUGGAGAAGAAAGGAAAGACCAAGAAAAAGGACGAGAAACCCAACGGGAAGAUACCUGACCAUGAGCCAGGCCCCAACGUGACCAUCCUCCCCAAGGACCCAGUGCGGGCGCCUGCAGUGGCGGUGGCUCCAACCCCAGUCCAGUCCCCCGUGGUCAUUCCCCCUGUAGCCACGGUACCAGCCAUGCCCCAGGAGAAGCCGGCUUCUUCCCCUAAGGACAAAAAGAAGAAGGAGAAAAAAGUGGCAAAGGUGGAACCAGCAGUCAGUUCUGUAGUAAAUUCCAUCCAGGUUCUUGCCUCAAAGGCUGCCAUUUUGGAAGCCGCUCCCAAGGAGGUCCCUAUGGUGGUUGUGUCCCCAGUGGGUGCCAAGGGCAGUGCCUCUGCCACCAGUGCUAUGCAGAGCAAGAAGGCAGAGGGGGCCCCCAACCAGGGCAAGAAGGGAGAGGGGGCCCCCAACCAGGGCAAGAAGGGAGAGGGGGCCCCCAACCAGGGCAAGAAGGCAGAGGGGGCCCAGAACCAGGGCAAGAAGGGAGAGGGGGCCCCCAACCAGGGCAAGAAGGCAGAGGGGGCCCAGAACCAGGGCAAGAAGGCAGAGGGGGCCCAGAACCAGGGCAAGAAGGCAGAGGGGGCCCAGAACCAGGGCAAGAAGGCAGAGGGGGCCCCCAACCAGGGCAAGAAGACAGAGGGGACCCCCAACCAGGGCAAGAAGACAGAGGGGGCCCAGAAUCAGGGCAAGAAGGCAGAGGGGGCCCAGAAUCAGGGAAAGAAGGCAGAAGGGACCCAGAAUCAGGGCAAGAAGGCAGAAGGGACCCCCAACCAAGGCAAGAAGACACAGGGGGCCCAGAAUCAGGGCAAGAAGGCAGAAGGGGCCUCCAACCAGGGAAAGAAGGCAGAAGGGGUCCAGAACCAGGGCAAGAAGGCAGAGGGGACCCCCAACCAGGGCAAGAAGGCAGAGGGGGCCCAGAACCAGGGCAAGAAGGCAGAGGGGACCCCCAACCAGGGCAAGAAGGCAGAAGGGGCCUCCAACCAGGGAAAGAAGGCAGAAGGGGCCUCCAACCAGGGCAAGAAGGCAGAGGGGCCCCAGAACCAGGGCAAGAAGGCAGAGGGGGCCCAGAAUCAGGGCAAAAAAGCCGAGGGGGCCCAGAAUCAGGGCAAAAAGGCAGAGGGAGCUCAGAAUCAGGGCAAAAAGGAGGAGGGUACCCCAAACCAGGGCAAAAAGGUAGAGGGGAGCCCCAAUCAGGGCAAAAAGGUAGAAGUGGUUCAGAACCAGAGUAAAAAGGCAGAGGGAACCCCCAACCAAGGCAAGAAGGCAGAGGGGACCCCCAACCAGGGCAAGAAGGCAGAAGGGGCCUCCAACCAGGGGAAGAAGGCAGAGGGGACUCCCAACCAGGGGAAGAAGGCAGACGGGGCCUCCAACCAGGGCAAGAAGGCAGAGGGGACCCCCAACCAGGGCAGGAAAGCGGAGGGGGGCCAGAAUCAGGGCAAAAAGGCAGAUUCGGUUGCUAAUCAGGGCACAAAGGCGGAGGGUGUUGCAAACCAGGGGAAAAAAGCAGAAGGGGCCCCCAAUCAAGGCAAAAAGGCAGAGGGAAACUUGAACCAGGGCAGAAAGUCAGAAGGGUCCCCCAACCAGGGCAAAAAGGUGGAUGCAUCUGCCAAUCAGGGUAAAAAGGCAGAGUCAGCUCCUAUCCAGGGCAAAAAUGCAGAUAUGGUCCAGAGCCAGGAGGCACCAAAGCAAGAGGCUCCUGCGAAGAAGAAGUCUGGGUCUAAGAAGAAAGGUGAGCCUGGGCCCCCAGAGACCGACAGCCCGCUCUGCCUCCCCUACAAGACGCUGGUCUCCACGGUCGGAAGCAUGGUGUUCAGUGAGGGCGAGGCCCAGCGGCUCAUCGAGAUCCUGUCCGAGAAAGCAGGUGUCGUCCAGGACACGUGGCAUAAGGCCACUCAGAAGGGUGACCCUGUGGCGAUUCUGAAACGCCAGCUGGAAGAGAAGGAGAAGCUGCUGGCCACGGAGCAGGAGGACGCGGCCGCCGCCAAGAGCAAACUGAGGGAGCUCAACAAGGAGCUGGCAGCGGAAAAGGCCAAGGCAGCAGCCGGGGAGGCCAAAGUGAAAAAGCAGCUGGUGGCCCGGGAGCAGGAGAUCACGGCCGUGCAGGCGCGCAUGCAGGCCAGCUACCGGGAACAUGUGCAGGAGGUGCAGCAGCUGCAGGGCAAGAUCCGGACACUCCAGGAGCAGCUGGAGAACGGCCCCAACACGCAGCUGGCCCGCCUGCAGCAGGAGAACUCCAUCCUGAGGGACGCCUUGAACCAGGCCACGAGCCAGGUGGAGAGCAAGCAGAAUGCAGAGCUGGCCAAGCUCCGGCAGGAGCUGGGCAAGGUCAGCAAGGAGCUGGUGGAGAAGUCGGAGGCCGCACGGCAGGAGGAGCUGCAGCGGAAGGCCCUGGAGGCCAAGGCAGCCGCCUUCGAGAAGCAGGUCCUGCAGCUGCAGGCGUCUCACAAGGAGAGCGAGGAGGCCCUGCAGAAGCGCCUGGAUGAGGUCAGCCGGGAGCUGUGCCGCUCGCAGACCAGCCACGCCAGCCUCCGGGCGGACGCCGAGAAGGCCCGGGAACAGCAGCAGCAGAUGGCCGAGCUGCACGGCAAGCUGCAGUCCUCCGAGGCUGAGGUGAGGAACAAGUGUGAAGAGCUGAGCAGCGUCCACGGGCAGCUGGACGAGGCCAGGGCGCAGAACUCGCAGCUCACGGAGAGGAUCUGCUCCAUCGAGGCCCUGCUGGAGGCGAGCCAGGCCCGGGAUGCCCAGGCCAGCCGAGAGGAGGCCGACCAGCAGCAGGCCCGCCUCAUGGAGCUGGAGUCGCAGGUGUGGUGUCUGGAGAAGGAGGCCACGGAGCUCAAGGAGGCAGUUGAGCAGCAGAAAGUGAAGAACAAUGACCUCCGAGAGAAGAACUGGAAGGCGAUGGAGGCUCUGGCCUCGGCCGAGAGGGGCUGCGAGGAGAAGCUGCGGUCCCUGACCCAGGCCAAGGAGGAGUCCGAGAAGCAGCUCAGCCUGACGGAGGCCCAGACCAGGGAGGCCCUGCUGGCCCUGCUCCCUGGCCUCUCUGCCCCCACCCACCAGGAUUAUGCCGAGUGGCUGCAGGAGCUCAGAGAGAAAGGCCCAGAGCUGCUGCAGCAGCCACCAGCGAACACGGAGUCCUCGGACCUGGCUGCCAAGCUGAGGGAGGCGGAGGAGACGCAGAGCAGCCUUCAGGCCGAGUGCGACCAGUACCGCAGCAUCCUGGCCGAGACGGAGGCCAUGCUCAAAGCCCUGCAGAAGAGCGUGGAGGAGGAGGAGCAGGUGUGGAAGGCCCGGGUGAGCGCCGCGGAGGAGGAGCUCCAGAAGUCGCGGGUCACAGUGAAGCAUCUCGAAGAGACUGUCGGGAAGCUGAAAGGGGAACUUGAAAGUGCCGAUCAGGUGAGGGAGCACACGUCGCAUCUGGAGGCCGAGCUGGAGAAGCACAUGGCGGCCGCGAGUGCCGAGUGCCAGAACUAUGCCACGGAGGUGGCGGGGUUGAGGCAGCUUUUAUUAGAAUCUCAGUCUCAGCUGGAUGCAGCCAAGAGUGAAGCCCAGAAACAAAGCGACGAGCUUGCCCUGGUCAGGCAGCAGUUGAGUGAGAUGAAGAGCCACGUAGAGGAUGGUGACGUAGCCGGGUCCCUGGCUGCCCCCCCAGAGGCCCCCUCAGCAGAACAGGACCCCGUCGAGGUUAGGGUGCUGAAGGUGCAGCUGGAGCGGACGGAAGCCAUCCUGGAGGACGAGCAGACGCAGCGGCAGAAGCUCACGGCCGAGUUCGAGGAGGCUCAGCUCGUGGCGAGUCGGCUGCAGGGGGAGUUGGAGAAGCUCCGCUGUGCCAGCGCCCUCGGGUCCUCAGAGGCUGAGGAGGCCAUGCGGCUCAAGGAGAGACUAGAAAAAGAGAAGAAAUUAACCAGUGACCUGGGACACGCUGCCACCAAACUACAGGAGCUUUUGAAGACGACCCAGGAACAGCUGGCAAAGGAGAAAGACACGGUGAAGAAGCUGCAGGAGCAGCUGGACAGACCAGAGACCGGCAGCAGCAGCUCGAAGGAGGGAACCUCUGUCUGAGCUUCCUGC